UCCUGAGUUGGACAAAAGUGGAGCGGAGGUAAAGUGGGCGCGUGUGCUUCACACCGCUUUUUAAAAAUCUGUUAUAGGUUAUGAAAAAAUGAACAACUGUUGGAACCAAAAUCCGAUCCAUCCUGAUCAAGUAUGCGCGUAAUUGGAAUACUCUGGCGAGGUGUCCCUUGCAUCGCCGCCGGGAUAACGUCGCCGUGAUGUUCAAUACUUCAGGCGUCGAUUCCACUUUCAUUAAGAGAGAGGAUGUUCCCGAAGUUAUCAAUGGCACUCUGGAGCAUUUGUACAACGUCCUCAUCACCAUCGCUCCUACAGCCAUGUGGAACGAGUCAUGCGGGGAGCAAUUACUUCAUUUUGGCGAGGCAGAGAGGAUAAUUAUCGGAGUGAUGCUGGCCAUCAUCACCGCAGUCACAGUAAUGGGGAACACUUUAGUGGUUAUUGCUGUGUGCGUUGUUAAAAAAUUAAGACAGCCUUCUAACUAUCUUCUAGUAUCACUUGCUGUGGCGGACCUCUCCGUGGCUAUAGUCGUCAUGCCCUUUGUGAUAGUGACGGACCUAACAGGGGGCCAGUGGCUUUUUGGUGAAGUGUUCUGCAAUAUCUUCAUUGGUAUGGACGUAAUGUGCUGCACAGCCUCCAUUAUGACCCUGUGUGUGAUCAGUGUUGACAGGUACCUGGGCAUCACCCGCCCCCUCACUUACCCGGCCAGACAGAACGGUCAGCUGAUGGCGAAGAUGAUCCUUGGGGUGUGGCUGGCGUCGGCCUCCAUCACCCUGCCGCCGUUCUGCGGCUGGGCCCAGAACGUCCACACAGGCGGCGUGUGCCUCAUCAGCCAGGACAUCGGCUACACCAUCUACUCCACGGCCGUGGCCUUCUACAUACCCAUGCUGGUCAUGCUCUUCAUGUACUACAAGAUCUUCCGGGCGGCGCGCAAGAGCGGCGCCAAGCACCGCCUCACCGACCCGGCCCGGCGCGAGCGCCUGGAGACGGUGGCCAGCGAGGCGGUGAGGAUGCAGGGCCUGAAGCCGCCGGGCGUGGCGGAGGAGUGCCUGUCGCGGCUGCUGAACCGCGAGCGCCGCAACAUCUCCAUCUUCAAGCGCGAGCAGAAGGCGGCCACGACGCUGGGCGUGAUCGUGGGCGUGUUCGCCGUGUGCUGGCUGCCCUUCUUCAUCCUGUCCACCGCCCGGCCUUUCAUCUGCGGCGUGACGUGCAGCUGCGUGCCCAUCUGGCUGGAGAGGCUGCUGCUGUGGCUGGGCUACGCCAACUCCCUCAUGAACCCCUUCAUCUACGCCUUCUUCAACCGCGACCUGCGCGCCACCUACAAGGACCUGCUGCGGUGCCGCUACCGCAACAUCAACCGCCGGCUCUCGGCCGUGGGCGUCCACGAGGCUCUCAAGGUGUAGCGAGAAACCGCGGGCGGGUGAAUAAGAACGAAUUGACGUUGCGACCUCUUGAUUGGCUGUCAAACGCCCUAACCACUGAGCGAUACCCAUUCCCGGGAAAGAGGUGGAGCGUCUACAACGUUUCGGAGGGUUUCCCCAAGAGACUCUCUGGGGAAUAGCGACCCCUUUUUCCUGUAAAUGGAACCAGUGUGCUGGCUACUGUAAAUAAUAACUGACAGUAUUAGGGUCGUUUAAAGACUACAUCCCCCACUGCAAAAACAAAAAAACAGGACUAUCACUUCAGUGUUUGGGUGACUCGGUCAGUCUAUUUCGGGGAAGAGAACCAGGAAAGCGUACAUGAUGGGCUAUUCAAGUUGACACUGCUUUCGUGCAUCUGCUACUGCUUCAGCCAUAUUCCCGGCGACAUGCAAGUACAGUCAAUAAGUCUGUUCUCUGAGAAGCACGGCCCGCAAUUGGAUUUCUUUACCUUUUCCCAAAUGGAUGCCUGUGUGGCUGAGGAUGCUGUCAAGGUGACUGAUUAUCUAUUCAACAUUGGUCACACAAUGUAAACCACUGCAAAGGCAGUUUCUUUUGUAUCCGGAGUUCCUUUCCAGACAUGCCUUUGAACCGUACUGUAUUUCAACAGAAAUAUCCCACAGUGCUCAAGUGGUACACAACAAAUCCCC